AUGGACUUUGUGCACAAAACUAUAAUAAGAAACUUCUCAAUAUGAAUAAUACAGUCGUUCUUUUUGUUUUUGUUGUUUUUGCAGUAGUUGUAAAGAAGUCCAUUCAAGGGAUAUGUACUGACAACUUCUGUUCUGGCACUAAAGACAGCGCUGCUUGUAAUGGAUGUUGUAUUGGUAUUGGAUGUAGUUCUGGUGGAAAAUGCAGUGCAAAAAAUGGAGUAACUGGCUGUCAUUGUAAUGGAUGUACUUCCAUAAAAGAACCCCAUUCGACAUGUACAAGCACAUUCUGUUCUAAUGGAAACCUCGAUGAUAGCGGAUGUAAAGGUUGUUGUUUAGGUAUGCUAGAUGGUUGUGAAGCAAAAGGAUCUUGCAUCAAUUCACAUUGCUCAUGCAAUAGUUGCUUGAGUAGAAUUGCAGCAGGAAAAUAAAGGAGUUCAAGACUCGUAAAACGGAAUGAAAACUGUGAGAGAAAUACAAGUUAAAUGUAAUAGUUUAAUUGAAAAGAGACAUUUUACAGCAAAGAAAUAAAAUUUAUUGACAAGCAAAAUUUAAUGCUGCAACACAUA